UCAAAGUGGGAAGCUUUUAUUUAUAUCACAAAAACAUAAAUAUUUUUUAAUCACUUUAUAUUUUACAAAAAUAUAAAUUUUCUCUAGUUUAUGAAAUGAUUACCCUAAUCUUAGCAUCUUGUCUGAUCAGUGUGGUAUCUGCAGUGCCAGUUAGUGCUAAUGUGCUUCCUCCCCUGAGAUCACACGGAGAAGCCCUUCAAUCUCAAAGAGUUCAGAUGGUUGAACCCACCAACCAAAAUCCUGAAGCUCAAACACCGGCUCCACUUUCUCCCAAUUUGGUGCCACCACAGCCUGGAGUCCCCCAGCAGCUCACCCCUCAGCUUCUGCCUCCCCUCCAACAGUAUCCCUGGUCUCCACUAGGGGGCAGUGCACUGGGAAUCCCCCUUCAGCCCAGUGUCUAUGGGUCUCAUCCUGUAAACCAGCCAUCAUUGCCCCUGCAGCCUCUGAUUUUCCCACCUUUUGGGUACUUCCCCAUAUUGCCAUCACCCUAUACAAAUCAGCUGUUCUCUACAUACAGAUUCCCUGUAAUUCCUGAGGCCCCUCUUCCACAAACACCAUCAAAUCAGCCUUCAAAUGUGUUGCCUGAAACAGAAACAUCCCCUGGCGUUGUUCCCUCAGGAGAUGCAGCUCAGCCUCAGCAACAGAAGCCUCAAAUUGUGUACAUGCUGCAGCAACCAAUGAGCUCACCACUUGGCGCACUUAGUUCAGAGGAACUCGAGAUUGCAGCUAAAAUGGGCCAAUUGGGCGUAUACCUGCCCACUGUGCUCGCAAACCAGCCUGCAGGAGCUGUUCAGCCUGUGAGCCAGUCUGCAGGGCUUGCAAACCCAGAAAAGCCAGAUGUUCUGCCAACUGUGGGCAGCUCACCCGCUGGAGUCCAACAGAUGCAGGGACACAAUGGAUCUGGAUCGAUGCCUUGUGCUAAUAACCUCCCUGCGGGUUUGGAGAGACCUGCACAGGAGGCUGCCACUGUCCAAACACCUGCUCCACCCAAACUCCAACCCACGCAGGGAAACCUUUUGUGAGGCUGCAACCUCCAACAAAUACAUCCUGUUAUGUACCAAGAAAAGACUAAACACAUUAUUGAUACAAAGUGUAAACUAACAAUACAUUUUACUAACUAUGAACAUUUUAUUUAAUCUGCUUUUUUCUUGAUUGACAAAUAUCAUCAAAUAAAAAUCAAGAAGUUCAGAUAUCUAA